CUUCGAUUGGAAAACUUCUAUUUUAAUUUGACCAAACAAUGACAAAGCUUCUUUAGUAAUAUUUUAUACUACCAUCUAAACACCAGAACACAAAUGUAAAAUUUCCAUGUUUGUCUUGGAAGUGAUGUUCGUAAAACAAGUUUCGAAGCCAUAUUUUUCCGGACAACGAGACGCAUCAUUUUUUUCAGAAACUUUUUUUCUGUUACGCUAGCCGCAUUUUAGUAAAAUAGUGUUCAUUUACAAAAUAAUAUUUUCUUUUUUAUUUUUUUCGAUUUGUGUAUAUUACAAAUGAGAAUGCUUUUUUUUCGCAGGUAUCAUAUUAACCCUGAGCACAAAAUGUAUUUUUUCGGUUUAUUAUUAAUAUUGUUUUUAAUAUAUGUUAUCUUUAACAUUUAUGUAUGGUGGGUUAUUAUGGAGGGUAAAAUUUGCCGCGGAGAAUUUGUCGUGAAAGGAAAACAUAUAUGUAUUACAGGAGGAUCGGAAGGAAUUGGACUGAACGUUGCAUUAUGUUUUUUACAACGUCAUGUGAAGGUCAUCACCAUUAUAUCUCGUUCAUAUAGUAAAAUUGAACAUGCUCUUCAAACAAUUGUUGCUGAGGCACAAAAGUCAAGAAAGGAAAAUCUUGUGGUUCAAGGAUUCCAUGGAAAUGUCACCGAUUACAAAUUUAUACAAUCUCUGUUUACCUAUAUUGAAUCGCCAGAAAAUAAUGUUUUUUCUCUACAGGAUUCUUUCGUUAAGGGUUAUUAUAUUAAGGAAACAUCAGUCAUAACGACUUCUCCCACACAAGCCAGAAUCGACGUUUUAGUGAAUUCCGCUGGAAUUUGCAUUUCUGACCUUUUUCACAAAAUGACACCUGGAGAGUUACAUUAUCAAAUGAAUGUCAAUGUUUUGGGAACCUUAUACCCCUCCCAACAAAUUAUGAAGUCUGCUUACGCUGAUUCGUGCUUAAAUUCGAACAGUGUUCAACUAAGAAAAAAACCGUCUCGCGUGAUUGUUAUCCUGAGCUCACAAGCUGGUCAAACUAAUAUGUAUGGAUUUGUCGCUUAUGGAGCAUCCAAAUUUGCUUUAAGAGGUGCUUGGGAAGCCCUAUCAAUGGAAGGCUACCCUGUAGGCGUUCGAACUAUUUGUGUUUUCCCACCCAGUACUGAUACACCAGGGUUUGUGGAAGAGAAUUUACGUAAACCACAUAUAACCAAAGAAUUAGAAGGAAUGUCGUCUCUUAUGCCUGCUCGCACAGUUGCGCAAAGUAUUGUGGAUGGUAUAUGCAAACAAGGUUGUUAUCAAAUAAAUUACAACGUAAUUGGAAGAUAUAUAGAAGCUAACUCCCAUGGUUUUUCUCCAUAUUCCUCCUAUUUCGAAUACAUGAGAAAGAAAUUUGACUAUGCCACUUCACUGUUCCUAACAGUUUAUUGGAACUAUCGCUGGAAAAAAGAAAUACAGCGCCAUGCUUUAUAUACACAAUGUACGAAAUCAGAACAAAUCUCUUUUCAAACAAAAAAUUUUUUUCUUGCGUCUAUUGAAACAGCGUUACAAAAUUCUGACGAGAGUUUACAAAGCAAACAAAAAAAAGAAAAUUAAAAAGUAUUCCAAAACAAUUGGUUGAACUUUAUGAAUCAAAAAAAUUUGUUUAUCAAGGUACACUGUUUUGAAAGAAUAUACUUUUCUUAGAACACAAUAUUUAAAACGAGUUAAUGUAUUACAUAGUAAAAAAAAACAAUAUGAGGCACAG